AGCAGCCAGUCGGAAAGACAUUUUGAGGUUAAUUGGUGAAAAAUGCCGGAGGAGGCAGAACGGGAGAAAUUAGCCAAAGUCAUCAGACAGUGGAACAACAACAGAUUGGAUUUGUUUGAAAUAAGUCAACCUGAUGAGAACCUGGAGUUUCAUGGAGUGAUGCGCUUCUGCUUUGAGGAUCGUGUUGGAGGAAAUGUGGCCACUAAGUGUCUGCGUGUCUGCAGCAACUCUUCGACUCAAGAGGUCAUUGACACUCUGUCAGAGAAGUUCAGGCCUGACAUGAAGAUGCUGACAAAUAGUUAUUCCCUGUAUGAGAUCCACGCUAAUAAAGAACGUAAACUGGAUCUGGACAAGAGGCCACUGGUUGUACAGUUGAACUGGACCACAGACAACAGAGAAGGACGUUUUGUGCUCAAGAAGGUCAACGAGAGUUUGAAGGUACCACUUAAACAAAUAAUUCAGCCUGAAAACUGUCACGAGAAGGAAAAGGGAGGUGUGAUCCAAAGCUUCAAGCGGACACUCUCAAGAAAAGACAAAAAGAAAGAAAAGAACAAAACCAAAGCAACUGACACGUUUUCAGAUGAUGAGAAUCGGUCAACUGAAAAGCUCCCGAACAACAAGAGCAAUAACAAUGAGGGAAAAGAGAGCUGCACAGAAAACCCACAGCUUCUUUGGCCAGAUGCCGUAGAGGGAAAGCACACAGACAAUAUUUAUCGGGAUUCUUCAGACCAACCUGGAUUGCCAAUUGGAAUUCAGUUCAGCGAUAGCUCCGAAGGAGCCUUCCUGUCUGCAGUCAUCAAUUACACCAACAGCUCCACAGUUCAUUUUAAGCUCUCCCCGGCAUACAUCCUCUACGCCGUGACACGCUUCGCUCUGCAGCGCCAUGACAGGCGUGGCACAGCACUCUGCGGCCACGGCGUCACUUUGACAACAAGUAAAAUGUUGGCCAUGACAUCAAAGGUCAUCGAGAGGCAGCAGGCCAUAGCCGGCGCCCUCGCCUUCUGGAUGGCCAACUCCUCCGAGCUGCUCAACUUCCUCAAGCAUGACCAAGACCUCAGCGUGUUCACCCAGCAAAGUCAGCUGGACCUGUCCCACCUGGUGCACAAAGCGUACAGUUGCCUCCUCCUCUGUCUUCAGAAUGACUUGAGGAAACACCUGCCCACGUUUUUGAUUGAUCCCGAGCAGCAUGGAGCCCUGCCAGCUGGCAUAGAAAUGGUGCUGAACACCCUGAUGAACGCCAUGUCCCUCUUACGCCGCUGCCGGGUCAACCCCGCCUUAACCAUCCAGCUCUUCUCCCAGCUCUUCCACUUUGUCAGUGUCUGGCUCUUCAACCAGCUCAUGAGCCCAGAGGCCAACACUCCGGGCCUGCGCUCCCACUACUGGGGAGCUGCUCUCCGCCAGAGGCUCGCGGCCAUCGAAGCCUGGGCGGAGAGGCAGGGCCUGGAGCUGGCCGCCGACUGCCACCUCGGACACAUCCUCCAGGCAACCAUGCUCUUGACCAUGAACAAGUACUCAAUGCAAGACGUGAAGGCCAUCCAGAAUACCUGUUUCAAGUUGAACUCACUGCAGCUGCAGACGUUGCUAUCCGGCUACCUCUAUGCAACCAAUGAACCUCACAUUCCAACUGAUUUGAUUGAUGCCGUAGUGACGGCUGCGAAGGUCUCGGCUGAUAAACUGAUUCGGAGCGAAGGGCGGGACAUCCAGCUGGAAGAGAGCCUCGACCUCCAUCUGCCCUUCCUCCUGCCGGAGGGAGGAUACUCCUGUGACACCGUGAGAGGAAUCCCGCUGGGGCUCAGGGAAUUUUUGGAGCCAAUUUGCCGGAAAGGUCUCUGCUCUCUGACAUCCCAGCCAAACUCUACAGGUGACUGGACCGUGUACUUCAGUGAACCAACUUCCUCUGCACAGAGCACAUGUUUGGCAGCACACAGAGAGCCAGACAUUGUGAGCAUCACACUGAACAAGCCUCUGAACAGUGGGAUGGGGGUUAGCAUUGUGGCUGCCAAGGGAGUCGGCCAAGAAAACACUGGGAUUUAUAUCAAAUCCAUUGUCAAGGGAGGACCAGCUGAGAUGAACGGCACGUUAACAGCUGGGGACCAGCUGCUGAGUGUGGAUGGUCGAAGCGUGAUCGGCCUCAGCCAAGAAAGGGCAGCAGCUAUCAUGAUGCAGACGGGCCCCGUUGUGACCUUACAGGUUGCAAAGUUUGGAGCGAGCUUCCACGGCCUGGGAGCUCUACUGAGCGACCCGACGCCAGACAGGACGACAGGACUCGUGCUAAAGCGAGUUGAUCCUGGUCCGUCAGAUCGGUUCAAUGGAGGCAGCAAAAGGACGACGGACCAGAUAAUGCAGAGAAACAGACAACUGUAUCGCUCCAACCCCAACAUGAGCGUGUGUUUUCCCCCCGAGGAUGGAGAUGACCCCGUUGACCCUGUUGUCAGAGCGAACAACAUGGCUGCUGUCUCCAACCUCCACCUUUGUUCUGAUACAGUUCACAGGGAAUACUUGACACUUCCGACCCCUAAAUCCCAGGAAAAGAACGUGUCUGAAACCAGUCGACCACAGCAAACAUUGAAGGUGUCUUUGAGGCCUUUACACGGACAGUACUCCAGCAAGAGGACCUUUAUGCGCCAAGCUCUGUCCCAGGAGAACUUGUGUGUGGACAGUGGAGGCCCCCUGCUGGACAGACGGCAGCACUUUGGGGAGCCGAAGGAGCAGCAGAAGCAAACCAUGAGCCACUUCUCAUCUUUCCCGAUUCGCACAAGCGUUUCUUCUCACGACAUCCUCUCAGAUUAUUGUUCUCCCACGAAACAGCAGCAGGGCGGCCGCACAAGUGGCGCCGGUGUGUGGAGAACUCCUUUCUCACAACAUCCAACACCGACGCCUUCCAACCAGCCGACACGCAUCGACAUCCCUGUGACCAGAGCGAUGGACCCGCACACAAGUCCCCCGCUCACCACCUUCCAGAGUUCAGCUCUGCAGGCGGCCAAAACGAGCCAACCCCUUAAAGCCCACGGGGUGAAAAUCAGAGCGGAUCAUAUCUAUGCGUGUCCCAUCUCUGCAACCAGGAGGCUGCCUCAACCCGCGCCGCCCUCACAGCAGCAGAGAUGCACCCCUCACAGGGAUGCAGCUGCAAAGCCCCAAGUGAGCAUCACUCCGACUAAACAUGUCUCCUUCCAAGAAGCUCUCACUGAGCAGAAGCAGUGCACGGGUCCUGCGAAGCCCAAAGACCCACCGGACCGGUGCGACCCGUGGAGGAGGGACGCUCAGGAGAAGCUGGAGAAGCAGCAGAGGCUGCGGAUGGUGGAGCUCCUGGAGCAGGAGGUGCAAGACCUGCAGGGCAAAGCGAGGCGCACGGCCGAGGAAAACGGCCGACUGCGAAGGAUCCACCUGGAGUGGCAGUUUCAGAAGAGGCUGCAGGAGGUACAGCAGAGAGGAGAAGAUGAGGAGGAAGAUGAGGAAGAUGAGGAAUUGGACAUGAUGGUAACCAUACAGCAGCUGGAGAAAAGAGCACAGAAUAAUAGAAGCUCUUCUGGAAACCUCAACAAUGAAUUGGAAGAGUUUGAAAUGCCGGCAGAGACAAAAGCAAAGCUAGGUAAAAGUUUGUAGGU